GUUGUAGUGGCGGACUAAACAAUCCCUUACCCGUUUAUACGCCACGUGUACAAAUGCAGUUGCUGAACAUGCCUUAUAUAUUCUCACUUUCUUGAUUCUUCUUCACUCAGAAACCAUCACCCACCACUCUCUCUCUACAUUAUUGGACGAUUCUUCUCUCACACACACUUUCACACACUAGUACAUCUCAAGCUCAACAAACAAUGACUCGUCAUCAUUCUUUUCGCAACAAACAGUUGACCGAUAAGAAGACCGGUUUGAUCUCAGCUCCGGUUAUGAAAAUACUGCGUCCCGACCAAUGGAUGAGUAAGAAGACCAGUUUGGUUUCCGGUCCGGUUAUGAAAACAUUGGUUCGUUCAGAAAGAAUCCUCACCACCACCGUGGAUAACGCGGUGGCAGAGCCACCGAUAGCAGCCACGGUGGAGUCGGAUUACGUCGUCAUCCUCGCCGCACUCCUCUGCGCCGUGAUUUGCGUCGUAGGUCUAAUCGCGGUGGCUCGCUGUGCGUGGCUCCGGCGAGGCUCCGUCGCGAACGGCGGCGGCCGGAGCUCAAACCAGCAAAAUUACAACAAAGGAAUGAAGAAGAAGAUGAUUGAGGUAAUUCCGAAGUUCACAUACGAUGCUGACGUCAGAGAGGAUGAAAAGAGCUGUAGUAGUGAGUGUGCGAUUUGUUUGGGUGAAUAUGUUAAGGGAGAUGAGAUCCGUGUGCUGCCGCAGUGCGGACACCGGUUUCAUGUGGGCUGUGUGGAUACUUGGCUGAGCUCUCACUCAUCGUGUCCGUCGUGUAGGCAGGUUCUGGUGGCCCGGAGGUGCAAGAAGUGCGGUGAGUUUCCGACGAGUUUUGACGGGAACGUGGUUGUGGAUAAAUGUAGCUCUAGUUCAAGGGAUUAUUUACCGUGACGAGUGUAUGUAAUUCAGUUAGAAAUUCCAUAUCAAUUUUCAGUGAUUUGUAUAAUUCAGUUAGAAAUUCCAUAUUAAUUUUCAGUGAAUUUAAGAUUUUCUUUUCA